AUGCAACACAGUAGCGGCGUGAUCGGCAAACCGGACACGGUCAGACCGGCCAAGCAUAAUGGUGGCAACAUCGCUGGUAUGUACGACUUGGAGCAGACGCUCGGUAAAGGUCACUUUGCCGUCGUUAAGAUGGCCAGGCAUGUGUUCACUGGUGAACAGGUAGCCGUCAAGGUGAUUGACAAGAACAAGCUGGAAGAAGUCUCUCGUAAUCAUCUUUACCAGGAGGUUCGAUGUAUGAAACUAGUGCAACAUCCUAAUGUUGUGAGAUUAUAUGAAGUGAUUGAUACACACAGUAAAUUAUAUCUCAUACUUGAGUUAGCUGACGGUGGAGAUUUAUAUGAUUACAUUAUGCGACAUGAAGGCGGAUUGUCUGAGCAAUUGGCUUGUGAAUAUUUUGCACAAAUUGUACGAGCAAUAUCAUACUGUCAUAAAUUGCAUGUUGUUCAUAGAGAUUUGAAACCUGAGAAUGUGGUAUUUUUUGAAAAACAAGGAAUUGUUAAACUUACAGAUUUUGGUUUUAGCAAUACAUUUUGUCCAGGUCAACAAUUGGAAACGUCAUGUGGUUCAUUGGCUUAUUCAGCUCCUGAAAUUUUGAUUGGAAAUUCAUAUAAUGCUACUGCUGUUGAUAUCUGGUCGUUGGGUGUAAUUUUGUACAUGUUGGUAUGUGGUGAAGCACCAUUUCAUUCAGCUAAUGACAGUGAAACUUUAACAAUGAUUAUGGACUGUAAGUAUAAAGUGUCCAGUCACGUGUCUGAAGAAUGUAAAACACUCAUUAGUCGCAUGCUUGUGCGAAAUCCUGAGAAACGAGCUAAUCUUGAUGAGAUCGCUGCAGAUGUUUGGUUGAAAGAUGUCAAAGUGAUAAAUGAUGACGAGAGUCCGUUGGUGUCUAAACAAUUAAUUAACGAAGACGACCAUGCAUUAAUUGUUCAAAAAAUGAUUAGUGGAAAAAUUGCAACUAAAGAGCAGAUUGUAGAGGCUUUAGAUAAAAACGAGUAUAAUCAUAUUACGGCUACUUAUUAUUUACUUGCAGAAAGAAAAUUAAAGUCUGCAACACCAAAAAAAUCUCAAACUAGUAAAAAUGAUAAUAAUGUUUCUCAGUUAAAAGUAGUAGAAGAUAAUUCACAUCAAAAGAAUGAUUCGGUGGUUGUCAAUGUUGCACCUAAAUCUGCUACAUUAGGAUCUUUGCAUUCUGAUCGUCCUAAAAGAACACGGAAGUGUAGUGUUGUUGUUGAAGAAGAAGAUGAAAAGGAAGAUGAGGAAGAGGAUGACGAUAAUACUUCAUUAAAUCGAAGGGGCUCUCGGUCAGAAGGAAAGUUGAAUACAAUAGCUUCUGAACUACAAACAAAAAAACUUUCGAUCACUGAAAUACAUGAAACAAAUCCGACAUCUGUUUCUGUUGCAUCUAACAAAAUCCCACCACCCUUUGUGUCUUCUCACAGUUCACCGCAGCUACUUCUUGAUGAUAAGCAAAAUAGAAUUGGCAACUAUAUAACAUAUGAACAAAGACGAAGCAAAAUGCAUAAAAAUCGUACGGCAUCCUGCAGCAGCUCUGAAACUAGUGACGAUGAUACUGAUGGCCGUAAAAAGCGAGGAAGUAGUAGGUCACUAGCUUCAUUUAAGGGUAAUGAUAAGGAUCCUGACAACGAUGGAAUGGGAAAUUCUGGUGGACAAGGGACAGAGCCGUCACAAGAACAUGACACUGAUACCCAAAAAAGAGAUGAGAAUAAUGAAAAUAAAACAGAAAGGCCGAGUGGAAGUGCUGCAGGCAGACGACGAUGCAUAAGCGCAAAUGUCAGAAGCCGAAGGGGUAGAUCAGCUGAAACUAGAUUAAGAGAGAGUCAAAGUUUGAAUCGUAUCACUGAAGUCCAAGAAUCUGAAGUAAACACCCCCAGUUCAACUGCUAACUGCGACAAUUUUGAAUUCAUCAACAAAAGCUGUCAGUUGUCUGUAGACAGUAUCACUGCUGAUAAAAACCCUGCACCCAUAUCAACUUUACCCCAGUAUAAAAAACACCAGACGUCCAAACGCAUCUCUUUGUUUAGUAAGUAUUUGAAUUUACAAAAAAAAUUGUGUACACAAAUUCUGUUUAGCAAGAAAAACACCGAUAACCGUUUGUAUAAGGCAAAAUCAUGUUCAGAAAUGGCUAACUCCAAAAUUGCUAUAAGAGAAGUGAGCGCGGACAGGUGUUGA